AUGCUCUCAGGCCGCAUGAAGCGAGGUCUGUCCUGGCUCUCAGACCAUGCCUCCGCUGAGCCAACCCAUCCAAAGGGCGUACUGGAAAUGGACAUGGCAGAAAAUUGGCUUGUCCGACCUGACGUACUACCUAUAAUGAAAGACGCAGUGGAAUUGAACCUGAAACAGCAGGAUCUCUCAUAUUCCCAAGAGCUCGGUGGGCCUCCAGGGCUUUUGCAGGUGUCCGCAUCAUUUUUCAAUCACUUCUUCUCUCCUCAAGUUGCCAUUUUACCCGAGCACCUCGUUACGAGCACAGGGUGCGCAUCAAUUCUUGAAACCCUGAUCUUUUCGAUUUGCGAUACUGGAGAUGGUUUACUACUAGAGACACCCAUGUGGGACGGGUUUGCGGUCACGUCAACCCUGAGAAAUAACGUCCGGAUAUGUCCCGUGAGAUACACGAGACGGCCGACAAAUGCAGCAGAAUUUAUACAGCACUACAGCGAAGCGAUGAAAAAUGCAACGUGUCCAAUUCGGGGCCUCAUUGUUUGCAAUCCGCACAAUCCUCUUGGUCAGAUUUAUCCUACCGUAUGGUUAGAGGCACUGCUUCAAUUCUGCGAAACUCAUGAUAUUCACUUCAUCUCGGACGAAAUAUACGCCCUUUCAAAUUUUGGGGCGACUAGAUGCAGUCAAGAUGUCAGCAACCCCGAUGUUGUGAUUGGGCUAGAAACGAAGUUCACAUCGGUAUUGGCAAUAGACCUGAAGCGGCUUGAGGUCGAUCCCGCUCGUGUCCAUAUAGCGUACAGUACCAGCAAGGAUUUUGGUAGUAGCGGGUUUCGACUGGGAUAUCUCAUUACACAGUCGAAUCCUGGGCUUCGCCGUGCACUAGCGGUCCUGAACAGAUUCAAGGUGUCUAAUAUAUCAUCGAUAGCUGUUGCUGCUCUCUUCUCGAAUCUUCAGACGCUUGAAACCGUACUGAACAGUAGCAAAUCUCGCCUGCGCAUAGCGGCGGAGACGUUGGAAAAUUUCCUGUCAUUCCAUCAGAUUGCGUUUUAUUCUCCAGUUGCUGGAUGCUUCAUGUGGGCGCGAUUUGGGGGCGAGCUAGCAACAAAGGAAACAGACGCAGAGCUAUUGGAAAAAUUUGCAGCUGCAGGUGUGGCCGUUGCUGCUGGCUCUAAGUUCAACAGCGGAGAACCGGGCUGGUUCAGACUCACAUUUGCUCUACCCUGGAAGGUUCUGAUCGAAGGACUACGUCGAAUCGAAAUUGCAAUGGAGGCGAAACGACAUUGGAUACCUGAGAAAAGCCAAUUGUGA